CCUUUGUUUCCGUUCUUCCCUUCCUCCUAACACCUAGCGAUUCCCUUUAUCUCAUACGCUUCUCUUCUUCCCUGUCUCUCUCUAGAAUCGUCACUUCUCUCUCGUUCAGCCUCCUCCUCCAUGGCGUUUUCAGGUUGCUUUUGAGAGUGUUGGCGCGUGGUUCAUGUCGAUCGGGUCGUUUUUUUGCUGUUUCGAAGCUUAGUUUUUGAACAAAAUGGGACAUCUGGAUUUUGCAUCGCGAUAUACGAACCAGAUGCAGAUUGCUGGCACCCCAUCAAGCGGAGGGGGUCUCAGCCAGAAUGGAAAAUUCAGCUAUGGGUAUGAAGCUCUGCUGGGAAAAGAUCAUCAACGGAAGACUUUUUACGGGACAAGGAUCGGCGGAAUUGAUGGAGAAAUUGACCCUUUUGCAGGCCAUGGCAGAACAAGAGCAGCCGAAUAUGUGAAGCAGAAUCUUUUCAGUAAUCUGAUUAGCCACCCAAAGUUCAUCUCUGACACCAAAUCGGCUAUAGCUGACGCAUACAACCACACGGACUCGGAACUUCUGAAGUCAGAGAAUACUCAAAGCAGAGAUGCUGGUUCAACCGCAUCAACUGUUGGCGAUCGUUUACUUGUUGCAAAUGUUGGUGAUUCCAUAGCCGUUAUCUGCAGGGGUGGCAAUGCCAUUGCUGUGUCAAGGGACCACAAACCUGACCAAAGUGAUGAGCGUGAACGGAUUGAGAAUGCUGGUGGGUUUAUCAAGUGGGCAGGAACUUGGAGAAUUGGAGGUGUUCUUGCAGUUUCUUGUGCUUUUGGUGAUCGGCUACUGAAGCAGUAUGUUGUUGCUGAUCCAGAAAUUAAGGAAGCAGUCUCAAUGGUUAAACAAAUUGAAGAAGUUGAGGCGGCGGCAAAGAAGCUGGUAGCAGAAGCAAUACAAAGAGGAAGUGCUGAUAACAUCACGUAUGUCGUAGUGCGUUUUCUGGAGAGUAAAACGCUAAACGCAACCGAUAAUGCCUCCUCAAGUCAUACAAGCUCGGCCGUCGAAGCCAAUCUGGAGAGGAUCGCAAUUCACAGCGAUUCAGACUGUAGUAGCUCGGCCACGGGACUUAAGGGCAGAUCGCUAUUUGCAGCGACGCAUACCUCAGAAUCUAUGCUGAUGAUGCUGCUAAUCAAGGGCAGAUCGCAAUUCACAGUGAUUAAGACCGCAGAAUUGUCACGCUAUUCAGACCGCAGAAUCUCGACCAAAGAUGCACCUAAUCAAAGGCACGUCGCGAUUCAAAUCUUAACAGCUCGGCCAAGGGAUAUAAGCAAGCAAGGAACGCACUUUGCACUUUGCAGCGGCUCAGACCGCAACAUCUCCUCAUGCGCAACUAAUCAAACGCUGAUCCCAGCUCACACUCACAGCAACUUAGACCAGAUCUUUGCAGCUAAUCAAAAGGCAGUCGCAGUUCGCAGCGGCUCAGCCGGUGAAACAAAUCAAACGCCAAACGCUGGUCGCAGCGAGUCUGGACGCAGGAGCUCAACCAUCUCCACUAAUCAAGAGAAAAAGCUUGCGUCCUCUAUUGAGAGGACGGUUGAGAGAUAGAUGACGACAUACUAGAGAUCAUCAUAAUCUUAAUGGUGGUGUUAUUUUUAAUCAUUUUGUUUACAUAUAAUCAUAGUGUUUAACCUUUUUUUAAUCUUUGACUAAUUUGGUUUAUUGCUCAUGUAAAGCGUUUUUUCCC